AAAAGAACGGAACGGAAAAAGACAAUAAUGGGUUUUGAAGUUUUUGUUUUUUUUAUGUUUUUUUAUGUUCUUGGGUGGUAGCUAUUAUUGAUAAAUCAAAAAAAAAGAAAACAAAAUAAAAAAAAGGGACGGAAAAAGACAAUAAUGGGGUUUUGAAGUUUUUGUUUUUUAUUUUAUUUUAUUUUAUUUUAUGUUCUUGGGUAAUUAUUAUUAUUUUGUUAUAUAAAAUUGAAAGUUCCCAAAAUUAAAGUAUAUGGUAACCAUAUUAUUUGGAAGUUGUGAGGUACUUAACACAUUCCCCAUGCUUAACCAACCCUCCGAACCUAGUCAAUUUCUGCGUAGACUUUGGUGAUCUAUCCCACCUUAUUUGGAUAAAUGGCGACUCCAUCCAUUUUGACACGCCAACAACCACAAAUCUGGAAAAAGUCAAGGUAAAACACAAUGGUUCAACCUACCAUUGAGUCAUACGUGUAAUCAAGCACGAAGUGACCAAGAAGCUCAUUCAUCUGAUCAAGGUUCUGAGUCGAAUAGAAGGCAAAAAGGGCGUUUUGAUGACAAUCGGUCAUCAAGUCAUGCACAUGAUCAAGAACAAAGUGACCAGGAAGCUCUUUCAUCUAAUCAAGGACAAAGUGACCAAGAGCCUCUUUCAUUUAAUCAAAGACAAAGUAAUCAGAGUACUCCUUAUUAUUAUCAAGGUUCAGAUAUUAUAAAGUUUACGAGGAAUGUCUUGACACAUUUCAAUGAUAAUAAUAAAAAUCUCCAGGGAGGAAGGCGUUUGGUUGGUAAUGAGAUUGUGGAGACAGUGGAUCGUGAUCUUGCAGUCUGCUCUCUAUAUUAUAGAUCUGCAAAAAAAAUUAUUGCAGAUCCACCACCGACAGGAUUCACGAAAGAGGAGUGGGAGACGGAACAAAAAAAAAAUGGGAUAAAUUGAAGUAAAUGCU